AACCAGUUAAAAGUGAAGGAGAAAGAUGAUGGUCAACUAAACAGGUGCAGAUAUUUGAUUCUGGAUAUGUGUAAAUUUGGAUAAUUGGUUUUUCUUUCCAUUGUGUUAAAGAGUUUAAUUGCAAAGAUGAACAUCGCGGCUUUUGUGGUUUUAUUUCCUGUAUUUUCGUGUGUAUGUGGGGAAUUUAUAAAGAUGUGUUACUACAGCGCCUGGGCUGUGUACAGAGACGGUCCUCAAGCGCUGGCACCGGAAGACAUUGACGCUCAUCACUGUACUCACCUAGUCCUGGCUUACGCUACAAUAGACGAUACAGGAAAACACGUGAAAUUUCCUAACACCUUUGAGAACAUGCAUUUUCCUGAGCGAAUGAACGAAUUGCGUGACCACAACGAGGACUUGAACAUGGUUUUGUCAGUGGGUGGUUGGAUGAUGGACAGUGAAGCCUGGACAAAUGUGGUUAAAACCAAGGACACAAUGGACGCCUUCGUCACAGAGGCCAUAAGUUUCCUCCGCUUCCAUGAUUUUGAUGGGAUAGAUUUAGACUGGCAAUACCCCUCAUUCAGAGGUAGCAGUGCGCAUGAUCGAGAAAAACUGGUUGAAUUCUGCGAGCGUUUUAGACAUGGGAUCGAGACAGAAUCGGAACCUGAUAGUAAAUGGCACCUGUCGUUCUCGCUGUCUGUUGACCCCACUGCUUUCCGUGUGAUGCACUCCUACGACCUGAAAAAGUUAUCAAAGGAAGUAGAUUUCUUUAACUUGAAGACCUAUGACCUCCAUGGUCACUGGAGUGAACCCCUGACAGCAGACCAUCACAGUCCCCUUAUUGGUGGAGAAAAUCCCAAUCAAGAACCAAAAUAUAGCGUUAAUGAUUUAGCCAAGGAAUGGGUUAUGUCGGGGGUACCUCCUAACCAGAUAGUGAUAGGCCUGUCUUACUACGGUCGCUCCUUCAGACUGCAGAAUACUAACUACACGAUGCCGGGGGCACCUGCCAUAGGCCCCGGGUCUGACGGAGGGGAAGGAAUUCCUGUUAAUAAAAUUUGUCACUUAAUACGUAAUGGGGUGCAGGAGAGAUAUAUCCCAGAGAAGCGGGUCCCAUAUUACGUCAUUGAAGACGAGUGGGUGGGGUUUGACAAUCCAAGAAGCAUCAGAGAAAAGGCCCAACUUGUUGCUAAGAACCACCUGGGUGGAGUAGCCAUGUGGACAAUGGAUCAAGAUGACCAUAGUGGUGCAUGUGGCGACAAAUGGCCGCUAACGUUUGCCGUCAUCCACGGACUUGGUCCGCGAGAAUAUGUUGACUAUGUUUCUGCAAAGCAUGGUUCUUUAGUAGGUUUACUAAAUAAGAAACUACAACAUGCUAACAGAGAACUGGCUUUUUAUCAGGAGGCGUUUGAUUACAAAAAUGCACAGAAGAAGGAGAGGGAGGUAGCCCGUUAUACAAAACAAUUAGCGGAAAUGCAAGCGCAACAGUCCAAGUUCUGGGCUCAAGUACAAGCGACAGCUACACGAGGUGGCAGUCCAAUGCCUCCGGUUGAUAAACCGUCAUGGACAAUGUGAUUUUGUGAUAUGCUUUGUUUUUAUAAUGUGUAGUAAAUGGAUUAUGAAUACAA